CUGUCCUCUGUCCUGCCAAAAGUGACCCCUGUCCUCUGCCCUGCCAAAUGUAACUCCUGUCCUGUGCCCUGCCAAAACAGUGACCCCUGUCCUCUGCCCUGCCAGCAGAGACCCCUGUCUUCUGCCCUGCGAAAAGUGACCCCUGUCCUCUGCCCUACCAGCAGUGACCCCAAUCCUCUGCCCUGCCAAAGGUGACCCCUGUCCUCUGCCCUGCCAAAAGUGAUCCCUGUCCUCUGCCUUGCUGUCCUCUAUCCUCAGCUCUGCUGACCCAUGUGCUUUGCCCUGCUGACCCCAGUACACUGCCCUGCUGACCUCAAAUUCUCUGCCCCCCGAC